UUGAAUGUGUCAUAAUAUAUUUCACAAGUCACAUAUAGCUUGGAUUACGCUUUUAGUCGUAGAAGUUAUUAUUAGGAGUCAACGCUAAGAAAUAAGUCUUAAAGUAAUGUUACGAAUAUGUUUCAAAAAUGCUAUUAUCAUUGUUCUGAUUCUUCAGUGCUCAAUUUCAAAAGGCGAAGAUCAAUUUUCGAAACCCGAUUUGGCUCCGUCUACAAAUGAUAGUGUAGAGCAACCAUCUCAACCAUUAUUUUCAUCCCCCGAACCAGUAAUGUCGAACCGGAACAUCGUUAAUAUUUGCGACAACAAUUUGUGGAAAAUUGCUUGCUCAGUUUAUGAAAGAACCGCAAGUACCGAGCUUCUUGUUUCACAUUCCAUGUUUUGCUUCGGUUCAUCCUCAUUCAGUUACAGUUCAACAACAUUGAACACCAUGUGUGAAUCAAUAAAAGAGUCUACAAAUAUGUAUAACAACUACUUGUGGAUAGGAUCUUGUGCGGUUUAUAAGGAAACGUCAUCCUCACAACUUCUUGUCGCACAUACUAUGUCCGCUUUCCGAUUAAAUUCAUUUUCAUAUGAUUCAAUCACAUUGAACGCUAUCUGUGAUGCAAAUGGACCAUCACCGGUGACAAGUGCCAAUAUUUGUGAUACUACAUGGACAACUGCUUGUGCAAUUCACCAACGGACAUUUGACGCACGGCCUCUUGUUUCAUAUGCAAUGAGAGCGUUUAAUUUGGGUUCAUUCUCAUACAAUGAAAAUACAUUGAACAUUAUGUGCAAAUCAGGAAUUUUUGAACAUUUAAAUGAAAAUUGUCAUAAUUCAUGGAAAGUUGCUUGUGCACUUUAUGAGGAAACAAAUAAUUCAAAUGUUCUUGUUUCACAUAUAAUGUCGACGUACCAACUGAAUUCAUUUUCACAUAGUGAAAACACGUUGAAAACUAUUUGUAAUUCAAUAAUUGAAACUAUUGAAACGAAUGCUGCCGUUCCAGUAAAAAGAAUGACAUUUUGCCUAUUGACUAUGGUUGUACUAUUACCCCUUUUUCUGAUGAGGGAAUAUAUUGGUUAGUGAUAUAAGUAACAU